CCUCACCCGCAGCGGGUACUUUACACUGGGUAUCGCAGGCUUCAACAGCCAGCUUUCAUUUUCCGCAUAAACAAGCCCACUGCUUUCCAUUCAGCAGAGCAGGAAGCUCGAGGCUCAGGAGCUCUGGCCCCUGCACGCGCCCAGACCGCGCAGAUGUUGCCCUUGGCUCUUGGCUGCCUGUGGCUCCUCCUGCAAAGACCAGCAGUGGCAGCAGUGUCUAUGGACAGCCAGUGCGGGGCAGCAGCAGUCCUCCCUUGCCCUCCUGCUGUCAAAGGGAUGCAGAACUUCUGGGCCAGCGGCUGGUACAAGGUCAUCAACAACAGUCAGGAAACGGGGCUGAUUCGGAACCUCAAGAACAGGACGACGGUGUAUGACAAGAUCCAGCGGCCGUUCCUGAUGGACGAGCAGCAGUCGCUGGUCAUUCCUAAGGUCCGGCCAGAGGACGCUGGCACUUAUCGCUGCUCCCUCUGGGCCAAUGUGGGACAUUUCAAUCAGCAGGCAGACGUCAUCCUGCGGGUAUCAGACUGCUCAACGCCCUGGCCGGGCACUUCGCCCACGGGGACGUCGCUACGGGGUUCUGAGCGAGAGGGCAGCGCAAGCCCCAACUCCACCUGCUGCCGGGAGCCGCUGAUUCCUGUCCUUGCUGCUGUCCUGGGGCUGCUGGCCUUCAACGUGGGGAAGGGGCUGCUCAGCAUCAUCCUCAUCCUGGUGAUCAGGGUCAGCCUCAAAUACAAGCGAAGGAGAAAACAAGCGCGAAACCUCUGAGGGAGAAGCAUGAAGCAGACAGAAGCAGACAGAUGUGCCUCGGAGACAAGGAGGAGGGGAGGGCAUGGAGCCGGGAGCGGCCACGUUGGCAGCACCGUGAGUUGGGGCAGAGCUCCACACAGACAGGUCGCUUUAAAGGGCUUGCAGCAGCCGGCUCCGUGGAGCCUGUGUUCCCAGCACCAUGCCCAUCCUUCGUGUCUCCCGCUGCCUUGCCAUUCAAUACACCCUCGCGCUGCGCCUCGUUGCUACCUUAGGCUGUGAGCUCACAUGGGCAGGGACGGUCUUUUCCUCUGUUUGGGCACAUCCCAGCGCAGUGAGCCUCUGGGUGUUGCUGCAAUGCAUGUAAUAAAUAACAACCAUAACAGCA